AUGGUCACGGCUGAUACAACGAGGACGUCGUCGCAGGCGUUUGUCGACCUGAUUAAUAAACUGCAUCAGCUCAUGAUAUCAGCCCACUUGAAACCAGCGGGGAUGUUUACCAACUCGGUGUGCAAACGACGGCUGAUCACGCAAUUGAUACGGGACCCCCAUCACGACGAACGGGGGCUUUAUCAUCUUGAAACUAAAGACGGACGCUACGCUGAACUUGUCCGUGACGAUGGCAUUCUGUUGGUUAAAAACCAACAUAAUAUUAAGACCGAUCCUAUAGUGUUACCAGCAGAGAUUGACCGAGCCGCCGUCGAAAUUGAUUAUCAUGGGACUAAGGCGGCGCUAUAUCCUCUGGGUGAUGCAGAUAGAGAUUGUGAGCGGGUACUCGCGUGGCUAGACCGGGAGGGACAAUCGUACCACGAUGCUGAUGAAGAGAUCGAGCUGUGGCAACGGCGCCAGCAACGGAUCAAUGAGCUCGUUGAGGAGAUUAAUGGCCUUCAAAGUGGUGGUGGUAGCGGUAUCAUUGAAAUCGAUAAUACUCUUACAGCCAGUGCUGUCGACAAGUUGGAGCAGGACCUCCAGCACGAGAUUGCGCGGCUUGAGUCUCAGUUGUCUACAUAA